GUUUUGCAACACCUGCCCAGGUACGGAUGACGCCAUAGUUCUGUUAUCUUAUUGGUUAAAACUUCAUUCGGCGUUGGGCAGUUUUGGCGUUUAGACGUUGACAAGGAAAGAACGAUCAACGAUGUAAACAUCAGUAAAAAUCCCACAUGGAUUUUCAGUUAUGGCCACCUCUUUGCUCUGCUCUGUGUUCUUCUUCUUUUGUGGGACGUCGGCUUCACUCCAAGCAGAGGGACACUCGCUGUAUUACAUUUACACAGGCUUGUCUAAACCUGUGGAUCUGCCAAGCAUCUAUCAAUUCAGUGCUAUGGGUCUGCUGGAUGACAGACAGAUCGACUAUUACAAUAGUAAAGAAAAGAGAACGAUUCCCAAACAACCCUGGAUGAAAGAGAAACUGCAGGAGGAUUACUGGGAAAAAAGCACUCAGUCGAGAAAGGGUAAAGAACAGUGGUUUAAUGUGAACGUCCAUAUUAUGAUGGACCGCAUGAAACAAAGUGAAUCAGGUCUCCAUGUUUUUCAGUGGAUAACUGGUUGUGAAACUGAGCAGCAGGAAGACGAAAUGAAGUUUUCAAGAGGCAUUUAUGAGUUCAGUUAUGAUGGAGAAAACUUCUUGUCUUUCGAUAUUAAAGAGUCUCAAUGGGUCGCUCCAGUUGAUGCAGCUGUACCAACCAAGACAAAAUGGGACAAUCAAAUAACCCUAAACCAGUAUUUCAAGCGCUACCUGGAGAAAGAGUGUGUGGACGGGCUCAACAAAUACAGAGAAUAUGCAGAUGAGGAGCUCAGAAACAGCUCACCUCCAGAUGUUCAUUUCUUUGCAAGAAAGUCUAUCAAAGAUGAAACCAUGCUGAAACUCAACUGUCUAGCCACUGGCUUCUACCCCAAAGAUGUGAUGAUGACUAUUAGGAAAUAUCGCAUACCUUUGCCUGAAAAUGAGACUGAAUCCACUAUAGUUCGACCAAACCAUGAUGGAUCCUUCCAGAUGAGGAUGAGUGUGGAGAUCAAGAAGGAUGAUGAAGCAGAAUAUGAUUGUUUUUUGUCCCACAGUACCUUUGAAGAACCAAUCAUCAACAAAUGGGAUGGAAAAUGUCCAGAGUGCCUGUCAGAUUCUGUCAGAGCAGGUUUCAUUGGAGGAGUGGGUGGAGGUGUGUUUAUUCUGGCACUUGCUGUUCUAGUGUUUUGCAUCUUAGUGAAGAAAUACAUUAUUGUUUUCAGAUGCACAAAUCCUAACGAUGAUGAGAAUGCUGGAGUUCCACUUCAAGAAGUUCAAUCUGCUGAAACAUCAGACAUCAGUGCAGCAAGCUCAGUGGAGCAUGUCAGCGAAUGUGGUGACUGUUUCUCAUUAUGAAUCUCAUCACACACACAGCAAAAACGUGCAAAGCUUCAUCAGAAUUUAACUUUGUUUGACACACAUGCUGCUUUUCUGCUUGUCAACGUUUGUAAAUGCAUCUUCUCUUUUUUAAUUUUGGUGCAUCCUUAUUUAAGUGCACAGAAACUUGUCGUAUGUGAAAGUGGGUAGUAAUUUUGCUAAGGGUCCAUUGACUUGAAAUGGUGUAUCAUGUAAUGCAAAUACUCAAGCCUAAAUCUGAUAUGCAACAUCUAAUUUACAACAUGAAUUAAGUAACAUAACUGUUUAUGUCUGUGUUUCAGGACUCCCGCUCUAGUAUUACAGAACAAUCAAUACUGCAACAGAUCAAGCCCUGUUAUAGGCACUUUGUCAAUAUACUAAUAUCAGUAUUGGGGAUCCAAGAUGGCGGCUUAAAGAAUAUCACUACAAUUGAAAACAGAACAAUUGCAUUCAGUUGUAUUUUUUCAAAAGAGGAGCCCAGAGGCUAGAUUAGUUGCUUAGUUAGUCAAUUAGUUGUCUAGAUCAAAGAAACACUAAAACCUCAAGUAAAUCAGAGCUGGAGCAUAACCGUCAGGGUGAGGACAAUGCUGCUGUCAGUUCGGAUGCUAACACUAAUGUUUCCAACCCCGUCCUGCUCCAGGUUGAGUGUGACCCAUGUGUGUGUUUAUGUUUGUCAGAUCUGGUAUGAUUUUUCUCCUCUUAAAUUUUAUUUUUUCUGUCUCUGGUCCAUUCUGUUUUGUAUUGGGCUCUCUGUUAUAUAGAUACGUUUUGUAUGUUUAAGCUCCACAUGUCUGUCAGCACUACAUGUUAACUAAUUUUCUUUUGUCAUUCAGGGUCCUGUUUACACUGAAUUGUGUUAUUCCAGAGUAAUGACUGACUGACAGUUUGUACUGUUCCUUGUAUUAUAGUUAAGUGUUCUGGGAUUUUUUCUGGUAGCUAGUGUCUAGUACUCUUAAGAUCUGUUCCUGCAACGUUAAUUUAAAAACAAUACAUUAUGUGAUUGUGAAAGGUCUGAGGUUUGGGGAAGAAAUUGCCAUUAUGAAAGUAUAUUAUUGUAAUAAUGUCACUCAUUCUCAUCAGGCAACAUGGUCUAUUUUAGUUUGUUUUUAAUAAAAUAAGACACCAAUCUAUUUAUCAAACCAAUCUAAGGGCAGAUGAACUCAAAUGCUAAUCAAUGAAAGUGCAAAAAAAGUGAUCACAUGACCCACAGGGGAAAAUUUUGUAAAUCCAUUUGUAAAUAUAUUUGCAUGAUUUUGUAAUGCACUUAUAAGAAUAGUAAUUCACAUACUAUAUCUGCACAUUUUCACAUUUUCAUAAAAGUAUAAUGAGGAUGAGGGGUCUGUGAUGAGGAAUAUGAGUUCAAUAUGUCACGGAGAGAGUGAGGGUGAGAUUGAAGAUGGAGAUGAGGAUGAAGAUGUGAUCAUAUUAUGAUAACAUGAUGAUAUGAAGGUUUAGUAUUACUUGUGUUCCACUAUGGUACAAUGUUGCCUGAGAGCAACAGCUGGAUAUAAAAUGUUACUUUUUAUUUUUUAUGAAAUUUUUAAUACAUUAAAAACUGGAUAAAUUUGUUUGUUCAAAUGUCUAGUUAAAGAAAUUGAUGUUUUCAAUAAAUAUAUUUCUUUUUUUCUA